AUGAAAUCGAUCCUGUCGAGCCUGUCUAGUCGUCUAAAACCCAAGAAAAAGGCCGCUAUUGCGCCAUGCGAUUGCCGAGAUUUCUUUGAGGCGGUUGAAUUCCCUCCAGAUGUGGAAGAGUUAAAAGGUUUUGUUCGAUCUUCUCGAUUUCCAAACGAUAUUGGUAAAAACUCGAUAGCUGAAAUAAGUCGUGAGCAUGGCGUUCGUAGCCUAGCGUUUGACCUGAGGUAUCGCUGCGGAGGGGAAGGGCGGUGCAUCUGUGCGGCAUCUCCAUCCUGUCGAUUUCCGACCUGCUUUACAAUGCGCCCAAUGAUGAAAGGCGCUGAAAUUAAGUCGGAACGAUACGCUUUUGAAUCGAAGGAUUCGACAAAUACAGCAAUUCGCGCUUUGCUCGAUCUCGCACAUCGGGAUCAACUGGAAAAGGCGGUGGAGGGGGUAAAACACUUGGUCGACGUCAAUAUAAUGAAAGCCUCCGGGGGAAGGAUGCUGAGCUCUGGCUUCGAGAUAGAAAACGAUACCAUACCAGAAUUCAUUCCCGGUGCUUCCAAAACGGGCUCGAAGAGUUCGUAUUCGGGUGUGAAUCCUCUUUCCGAAAGUGAAGCGCUUCGAGAGGAGGUGGUGGCCUUGUAUUUGUGGAGGGCCGCCCUGCUUGUAAACCUGCGUUGUGAUGAUGCUGCCGUGAGUUCGCUGCUCAACUUGGCGAACUUGUUAGACCCAACGUAUCGAACUGGUUUGUACGAAUCGGCGGCAAAGUGGGCAGUCCUGAAUGAUAUGGAGGUUAUUUAUUAUCGCGCGCUCCUAGGGCAGUAUCAAUCCUUUCCCCAGGCGGAAUAUUUCGCGCGUGAACGCCCUCUUUUACUACAUCAGGUAUUUGAGUGUAUUCGGAAUGAUGAUUUUCACACGCAGCACUGCACGAAUGUGGUGCUGGCGAAGGAGGUAAUGGCUGCGGUUUCUCGGGCGCAGACCGCACAAACGCACGGCGAUUCGACCGAAGACCCGAUGAAAAGCCUCUGCCUUCCACUUGCGAUUCAUUAUUACCGUUUUCAAGUGGGGGAGGCGUUUUGGAAAUAUUUUUUGAAUUUACUCUGCAUGCCGCCACUUCCCUCGCCCGAUCCGGACGAAACGCGCGACGCCACGGAGCUCGAGCAGCCAUCCUCAAUCAAUCUGAGGAUGGGGCCGAUGCCGCAUUAUAUUUUCGAUGCCUUUGGGCGGAGUAUGAUUUUACAUCAUUUAAUCAUCUUUGCCGAUACGCGAAAGCGGGAGAUCGACUCCGGCGUCGUUGUCGAUCGUGUAAAACGUCUGAAGGCGCUCGGGGAAAAAGUCCAUCCCCAUAAUUACGAUUAUGUAUUGAACGCGAAUGCAAUGAGGGUGGCCGUCGGGAGGCUGCGAGAGCUUCUCGUCGUGGCGAAUUGGCUUCGCGAAAAUACCAAAGAAGAAAUUGGUGAAGGCGCCAUGUGGGAACGGCCUGAAUCGCUGGGAAAUCACAAAAAAGAAGAGGAAAAAACACAACAGACGUCGUCUGUCAUGGCGAAUGGUGCCUCGAGCGCAUCGAAUCUUUCGGAGAAAUAG